UGGGUGGUGACACAACAGUACCAGAUUUAAAUCUCGACUUUGAAAAUGCCACACCAACACAAGCAGAAUUGACUCUUCAUGAACAUAUUUCUACUCUUCUCCAACCCACUGAAACGCUUUUGGAUUCUUUACGGCGUUAUGAAGGAUGUGGUGAUCUAAUAAGAAAAGCAAUAUCCAACCCAACACCUGAUAAUGAAGAGGAAGCUUGGCAGGCCGUUCAACCUGUAGUUGCGAAAUUAAAAAAAUAUUUUGAAUAUUCAACCUCUUUAGUACUCUGUGAAGGAAAUGUUAGGAAAAAUAUCGAACAGCAUCAAGCACUCACAAAGCUAUUAGCUGAUAUACUAGAUUUUGCUUUUGAGUUUGACUAUCUGAAGAUGAAAACACCGUCAAUUCAAAAUGAUUUUUCCUAUUACAGAAGAACACUAAGUAGAGGAAAACAUGCAAAUGAAACAGAUUUGAAAACGGCCAUGAUUGAAGAUGAAUUGGCGAACCGAAUUUCCUUGUUCUAUGCAUAUCCGACGCCGAUGUUGAAGACAAUUAUAGAUAUAACUACACUCUUCGUUGAAAAGAAUAGUUUUGGGAAAAGUGUAACUGAAUGUCUAUCGGGAUUGGCUGCUGCAUGUUAUUAUGCAGUUACGAAAAAGAG